UCGUAGUAGAAACUGCUAGAAAGUUGUUUGUGUGUGAAUUUUGCACAAUGGCUAAAGCAUAAAGGCGUUUCCAUCUACAAUGUCCCGAUAAACAUUAACCAAAGCACCACUAUUGAGGAUUUGUUUAUUUAUUCUCAGUUUCAUCAGCAACUAAAAUAGUUCCGUUGUAGCGUGUUGACCUGAAGACCGAGUGCGCGGACACCAAGUAAGACGUUUCUCAACUGUCUCCAUGAAAAAUAGUCGACAAAUGUCUGAGUCUGCAGACGGCCGCACUAAAACGUUGAAUUUCAACGUCGGGGUGCUUGGACAUGUCGACAGCGGGAAGACGUCGCUUGCCCGGGCGCUGAGCAGCACCGCCUCAACGGCCGCCUUCGACAAGAACCCGCAGUCCCGUGAGAGAGGCAUCACGCUGGACCUCGGCUUCUCCUCCUUCACGGUGGAUCUCCCGGAUCACCUGCGGGACAGCGGAGAGAAGCAGCCGUAUGACAGCCUUCAGUUCACCCUGGUGGACUGUCCCGGUCACGCCUCUCUCAUUCGGACUAUCAUCGGAGGUGCCCAAAUCAUUGACCUGAUGAUGCUAGUGGUGGAUGUGGUGAAAGGUGUGCAGACUCAGACUGCAGAGUGUCUGCUGAUAGGAGAACUCACCUGCCCUCGCAUGGUCGUCAUCCUGAACAAGAUCGACCUACUGCCACCCAACAAGAGGCAAAGUGCCAUUGAGAAAAUGACCAAGAGACUGCACAAAACACUGGAGACCACCAGAUUUAAGGACUGUCCAGUGAUUGCAGUAGCAGCAAAGCCUGGGGGCCCGGAGGCCCCUGACACAGAGGAGCCACAGGGAGUAUCACAGUUAAUAGAGCUAUUGAAGAAGCAAACAUACCUCCCCCAAAGAAACCCUGGUGGCGACCUUCUAAUGGCUGUGGACCACUGCUUCUCCAUCCGUGGUCAGGGAACAGUUAUGACUGGGACCGUCCUGCAGGGGUCGCUGGCCAUUAACGACACUGUGGAAAUCCCUGCACUUAAGGUGACCAAGAAGAUUAAGUCGGUGCAGAUGUUUCGGAAGCCAGUGUCUGGGGCCAUGCAGGGGGAUCGUGUGGGUGUGUGUGUGACGCAGUUCGACCCUAAACUCUUAGAGCGGGGUGUGGUAUGCACCCCAGGCUCCCUACGCACCCUCUUUGCAGCCGUCAUUUCUGUGAGGAAGAUAGGCUACUUCAAGGGCUCUCUUGCCACCCGAGCUAAGUUCCACAUCACCGUGGGUCAUGAGACCGUUAUGGCGAAGGUGACAUUCUUUGGCCUGCCACCUGCAGAUGCACCAGGCCCUAAUGCGGCGUCAGAGCCGAACUCACUGGAAACGCCUUUCACGUUUGACAGGGAGUACUUCUUCCAGGAUGAAUAUGCUGUUGGUCAGGGAGAGGGGGGUCCGGGUCCUGACCCAGAGCAAUGGGCCUUACUGGAGUUUGAGCGACCGGUCACUUGCCCCUCGCUCUGUCUGGUGAUUGGCUCCAAGCUUGACACAGACAUUCAUGCCAAUGCGUGUCGACUGGCCUUCCAAGGACGCUUGCUGCACGGAUUUGAAGAUAAAAGCUACCCAGAGACAUCCCUGCCUCGCCUGCACAUCUACAAGACCAAACACAAGGAAGGACAGGUGGAGAGGGCGACUGAUGAUUACACAGUGAUUGGUCGCAGCCUGUUCAAGAAGGAGACCAACCUCCAGCUGUUUAUGGGAUUGAAGGUCACGCUGUCGACAGGCGAGACUGGUCUUAUCGAGGGUGGGUUUGGACAGAGUGGGAAGUUCAAGAUUCGCGUGCCAGAGGGUCUUCAUCCAGAAACCAAGCAGCUGUUAUCAUCCACCUCUAAGAAGAAAGGAAAGAGCGGAGGCAAAGGUGGACCAGCAAACGAAGAGGAGCCCAAAGCAGAUACUCAGCCUGUUAGCAUUCACUUGCAUUUCAAGCGCUAUAUCUUUGAUCCCCAUAAAAAGAUGGUUCAGUCGUGACCUCUGCUGCAUGCGCUCCACACUGACACUGUGUUGCAGUGCUGGUGACAGAGAAGCUUCAGCCUCAGAGGUCUUGUAGAGGUGAGGUGAAUAACAUCUUGUGUAUUGGGGCGAUGUCAACCCCCCCACCCUCCAGAGAUGGAGACAGUCUGUUGAAAUGCAGCGAUUGUGGAAUGCUGAACGCAUGUGAAACAAUGAUUGUUUUAUCUCCCUUUAAAGAGCUGGAGUUAAUCCUGUUUGCUCCAUCACAAGGGUGAAAGCUUGAUCUGCUCUUCUUAAUGCAUUUGAUGUGUCUUUGGAAAAAAAAAAAACUCUACUUUUGUUCUUCUUUGCAGAUAUCGUCAUAACCGAUUUUUCUGACUUGCAAGUUUUCUCUCAGUGUGUUUCUAAUUCUGCUUAGCCCUAAUUGGCAUAAAGACAUUAGCUUUAUAGAAAUACUGAACUCGACAUGUUUGCACAAUUCCAUCACUCCCAGUGUCUUUCUAGCUGGGAUAGGGAUCUGUUAUACAGCAGGUUUGGAUUAAUUUUCUCCUUAUUAUAUGUCUCUAUUCUGGUAUUGCUUCUUUUCAUAAUUUUCUUUAAUGGCGGUUGAUUAUGUUCAUGCCUGAUUUUAACUGAAUGCUGAUAUUGUGACAAAUAAAACAAACUCCUGCUCUAGGA